UGAAGUGCAGUGGCAGGAAUACCAGAGAUCCUCUGUCUCCUGCCUGUUUUUGAGUUGAAAGGAGAGGGUAAAGAUGGUGGAGUCUUUCUGUGCUACCUGGAAGCUGACAGAUAGUCAAAACUUUGACGAGUAUAUGAAGGCUUUAGGUGUGGGCUUUGCUACUAGGCAAGUGGGAAAUGUGACCAAACCCACAGUAAUUAUCAGUCAGGAAGGAGACAAAGUGGUGGUCAGGACUCAAUGCACGUUCAAGAACACAGAGAUCAGUUUUCAUCUGGGAACAGAGUUUGAGGAAACCAGUAUAGAUGACAGAAACUGUAAGUCUGUUGUGAGCCUGGAUGGAGACAAACUCAUUCAUGUACAGAAAUGGGAUGGCAAGGAAACCAAGCUUGUACGGGAAAUUAAGGAUGGCAAAAUGGUUGCGACUCUCACUUUUGGUGAUGUUGUUGCUGUUCGUUAUUAUGAGAAGGCCUAGGGAAGCCACUGGUCCCAGACUGAAGAAGUUCUUCCAUUAUUCUCUGUACUGGGGCCUCAGUACUGUCCUAUGAUUGCAGCUCAGCUUUUCCCUUAUUAGAAGGUUAUCCUUGGUCUGGAGGCAGAAAAUGGUGAUUUACAAACUUGUUUGACCAACCAACCUGUCAAAUUUUUGAU